GGACCGUUGAUUGGUUGCUCCGUGAGUGCGGGCUGGAGGCUCGCCAGGGCACUGGCUGAUCUGGAAACAGUCGGCGCAGUUUCAGCACGAACAAAUAACUGGUCGACAGCCAGGUCUCUGCAGUCAUCAAGCGUCUGAUUUUGCAACGCCCCUCUUUUGGGAAGGGGAUGGUCGGUUUUUAAGCCGAUAAGGCGAGUGGACCCUUUCCAGUGUGUUUUGCGGGAAAAGUGAAACUGCAUCUGCGAGGACUGGAUGUCCGAAACCAGCUGAGGAAAAGCGCAACAUCAAGUGCAUAGAAUAAAAUAAACACCUCUAAGAAGAGCCGGAUAAGAUGGCGUCGGCCAAUGAAACCCGUCAUCAGACACAGGUGCAGAAGGAUGUAGCCGAUCAGAAUUUUGACUACAUGUUCAAGCUCCUCAUCAUUGGCAACAGCAGCGUUGGAAAAACUAGUUUUCUGUUCCGUUACGCUGAUGACUCCUUCACCUCUGCGUUUGUUAGCACGGUCGGCAUCGACUUCAAAGUCAAAACUGUUUACCGCAAUGAGAAACGAGUCAAGCUGCAAAUAUGGGACACAGCAGGGCAGGAGAGGUACCGCACUAUCACCACAGCGUACUACAGAGGGGCCAUGGGCUUCCUGCUAAUGUAUGACAUCACUAACCAAGAAUCCUUCUACGCUGUGCAAGACUGGGCGACUCAGAUUAAAACGUACUCAUGGGACAACGCUCAGGUGAUUCUGGUGGGGAACAAAUGUGAUCUGGAGGACGACAGGCUGAUGUCCAGGGAGGACGGACAGAGACUGGCUAAUGAGCUAGGCUUCCAGUUUUUCGAGGCCAGUGCAAAAGACAACAUUAACGUCAAGCAGGUGUUUGAGCGGCUGGUUGACAUCAUCUGUGACAAAAUGAACGAGAGUUUGGAUGGAGACCCGAGCAUGUUAAUCAAUCACAAAGGCCCGAGUCUGCAAGACACGCCCCCUGAUGGACAGAGCAGCUGUGGAUGUUAAUGAUCAUCUCUCAACAAACACUCAUACUUGAAGGCAAACAUUCACACACAUGCACUCACUCACUCCCUCUCUCUCUUACACACGUACACCAGAAGAGAGACUCUUUCACAAGUGUACUGCCAAUAUAUAGUAUGAAAUGCCAACCAAACAGUAAGAAUAUGGCAUAGUCACCUUAUGCUUUACAUCAGUUACAUAAACAGGCCCCUCAGGGAUUAAUUGAAAUGGGAUGGGUUUAUCUCAAUGUGAUGUGAGGCUGCCAAUACACUGAACUGUGAUAUCAUGAGGAGAACUAACCCAGCCGGGAAAAUACUGCAUGAAACUGCAGGAAUCAGAAAUUCACAUGCCAAAAAUCUCAGCUUUUUAGGAAAGUUUCAAAUUACUCCAGUGCCUGUUUACAACAUGUUCAGAUAAAAUGCAUCUGGCUGUCAUUGUGAAGUAGCUUUGGUUAUUUUAAUGGAUGCAAGAUCAUGUUUUACUUCAAUAUAGGUGAUAAAGCAUUUUAGGACUGCUCUAGAAAUAUCCGGUCCGUAUGACUUUGUUACUUGUUUCAAAGUAUGUACUUAAGUCAGAUUAUAUUGUUCUUGCCAUUUGCUUUGAAUGCAAUAAAUUUGCUUCCCUGUGGACACUAAA